UGCAGUGCGGGUCCAAAAGGAGACAACAUCUAUGAGUGGAGAUCCACUAUCCUGGGACCACCAGGCUCUGUGUACGAGGGAGGGGUCUUCUUCCUAGAUAUCGCCUUCACACCAGACUACCCCUUCAAACCACCCAAGGUAAAGACUCCAGUCAAAACAGCUGACUCAAACAAUGAAUAGAACAUUCCUCGAGAUUACACAGCUAUGUAGGCUACCACUUUCUCACUAGAGAAGGGAACUUGUUAUUGCCAUAUUGACCACUGGAGGGAGCUAUGGCACUUGGAUUUUAUUGAAAUGCUGGGCCUCUAGUUCAAUGCAAAUUUCAAAUAGUUAAUGGUCAAUGUAACCAAACCAACCAAACAAGACUCAAAAAGGCUUAAAUGGAAAUGUGGCUUCCAUGAUUAGACUGAACAUCGGUUUCCAUCCUCCAAGCAAUGUUGAGUAGAUUCUUUCCAUGUUGCUUUCAGGAUCUACCACUGUAACAUAAACAACAGUCAGGGUGUAUUGAUAUAGAUCUACUUCAUUUUGUUUCCUAGGUGACGUUCCGUACCAGGAUCUACCACUGUAACAUCAACAGUCAGGGUGUGAUCUGUUUGGACAUUCUGAAGGACAACUGGAGCCCCGCCCUCACCAUCUCCAAGGUGCUCCUUUCCAUCUGCUCCCUGCUCACUGACUGCAACCCUGGUAAGACCUAAGACACCAUAUACUACUAUAAUGUGGGUUCGAUUGAAAUUCAUUGAUUACAGUGGCUGAUUUGAAGUGGAUUGUAGAGUGUAAUCUCAAACAUUGUCAUACAGUGAGGGAAAAAAGUAUUUGAUCCCCUGCUGAUUUUGUAUGUUUGCCCACUGACAAAGAAAUGAUCAGUCUAUAAUUUUAAUGGUAGGUUUAUUUGAACAGUGAGAGACAGAAUAACAACAAAUAAAUCCAGAAAAACCUAUGUCAUAAAUGUUAUAAAUUGAUUUGCAUUUUAAUGAGGGAAAUAAGUAUUUGACCCCCUCUCAAUCAGAAAGAUUUCUGGCUCCCAGGUGUCUUUUAUACAGGUAACGAGCUGAGAUUAGGAGCACACUCUUAAAGGGAGUGCUCCUAAUCUCAGCUUGUUACCUGUAUAAAAGACACCUGUCCACAGAAGCAAUCAAUCAAUCAGAUUCCACCAUGGCCAAGACCAAAGAGCUCUCCAAGGAUGUCAGGGACAAGAUUGUAGACCUACACAAGGCUGGAAUGGGCUACAAGACCAUCGCCAAGCACCUUGGUGAAAAGGUGACAACAGUUGGUGCGAUUAUUCGCAAACGGAAGAAACACAAAAGACCUCUCAAUCUCCCUCGGCCUGGGGCUCCAUGCAACAUCUCACCUCGUGGAGUUGCAAUGAUCAUGAGAACGGUGAGGAAUCAGCCCAGAACUACACGGGAGGAUCUUGUCAAUGAUCUCAAGGCAGCUGGGACCAUAGUCACCAAGAAAACAAUUGGUAACACACUACGCCGUGAAGGACUGAAACCCUGCAGUGCCCGCAAGGUCCCCCUGCUCAAGAAAGCACAUAUACAGGGCCGUCUGAAGUUUGCCAAUGAACAUCUGAAUGAUUCAGAGGAGAACUGGGUGAAAGUGUUGUGGUCAGAUGAGACCAAAAUCGAGCUCUUUGGCAUCAACUCAACUCGCCGUGUUUGGAGGAGGAGGAAUGCUGCCUAUGACCCCAAGAACACCAUACCCACCGUCAAACAUGGAGGUGGAAACAUUAUGCUUUGGGGGUGUUUUUCUGCUAAGGGGACAGGACAACUUCAUCGCAUCAAAGGGACGAUGGACGGCGCCAUGUACCGUCAAAUCUUGGGUGAGAACCUCCUUCCCUCAGCCAGGGCAUUGAAAAUGGGUCGUGGAUGGGUAUUCCAGCAUGACAAUGACCCAAAACACACGUCCAAGGCAACAAAGGAGUGGCUCAAGAAGAAGCACAUUAAGGUCCUGGAGUGACCUAGCCAGUCUCCAGACCUUAAUCCCAUAGAAAAUCUGUGGAGGGAGCUGAAGGUUCGAGUUGCCAAACGUCAGCCUCGAAACCUUAAUGACUUGGAGAAGAUCUGCAAAGAGGAGUGGGACAAAAUCUCUCCUGAGAUGUGUGCAAACCUGGUGGCCAACUACAAGAAACGUCUGACCUCUGUGAUUGCCAAAAAGGGUUUUGCCAGCAAGUACUAAGUCAUGUUUUGCAGAGGGGUCAAAUACUUAUUUCCCUCAUUAAAAUGCAAAUCAAUUUAUAACAUUUUUGACAUGCGUUUUUCUGGAUUUUUUUGUUGUUAUUCUGUCUCUCACUGUUCAAAUAAACCUACCAUUAAAAUUAUAGACUGAUCAUGUCUUUGUCAGUGGGCAAACUUACAAAAUCAGCAGGGGAUCAAAUACUUUUUUCCCUCACUGUAUGUGGAAUUCCGUGUGUGCGUACUGGCAGGUCAAAGCUAUCGUUGAUGCCCUAUCUAUAACUCUGUAUUCUCCACCCCUCACAGCUGACCCUCUGGUAGGAAGCAUCGCCACCCAAUACACAACCAACAGACCAGAGCAUGACAGGAUAGCCAAACAGUGGACCAAGAGAUACGCCACAUAGAUACACAGGACUGGGUCGUAUUCAUUAGGCACCAAAACUGAAGAAAAUGUACUGAAACAAGGAGGGACUACUUGGACUUGUCCAAUAACAAACGUUAAUUUGUUUCCCGUAGCAAAACCUUUUCUGUUGCAUGCCCUAACGACUACGACCCUGGGCAACAUGAGAGGGGGAGGUUGGUGGGUGUUGGAGAGCUCCUUCUGGGAUGACUCGGGGACUGUUCGUGUUGGGGUCAGGAGUGGGGAAAGGAGGGUAGAGAAUAGGGGAGGAUUUUUAUCUUGGAAUUUAAGUCUUAUCUCCUGAUAUUUUGUUGUUUAUUAUGGUAUUUUUUAAGUUCCCCGGCCUGUAUAUUAUAAUUGCGAUUUUGGCAAUAAUGCUUUUCAAUGUGUUUUCCUUAACGUUCUAUAAAUUAUGAAUUUUUAGCUAAUUGUUAUUCGAAAUGAAAUUAUUUCUAAAUUUUUUUGGCUGCUUGUAUAAAGGUGUCACACACAGCAUGGUUUCCUGGUAAAAUUCCAAAUCUCAUGUCAAUGUGAAUUUUUUACAGAUAUUAAAGUUACCGUUGGUGUAAGUUCUCUUGCAUAUAUCUAUAAUUGAAUCUGCUAUAACAUAUUGCUGAAACAUUGGUAUUGUAGCCUAUACAGCACAUAAUGUCUAGGUGGGAAAGUUUUGCUUAAUGUGUUGCUGAUUUAAUACAGUCCCUCCAUUUAUUGUUAAAUUGAAAUAUAUGCGCAUAUGUCAGAAAACAAUGAACAACAAAAAAUUUAAAAUAAGUAGCAGCACAAAAUAUAACUUUUUUGGCUAGGUCUCACACACAAGACAUGAAGGACACAGGCAAUGUUCCAAUUCUCUCUUCCAAAGUGUACAUGUCUUCACUUCAAUUCACUGAAUUGAAAGGAAAUGACUGGUAUAAGAAAUAUAGUGGAAACUCCUGCCCCGUGCCUCCACCAAUCCAAUGCUUUUAGAUUUGUAGUAGUGAACGAGUGUACACUUCAGGAGAAAGGAUAUAUUAUUUGGACGCACUACAGAAUCCACAUUCUCUUCACAACAAUUCAGAAAUACAUUUCAUUCAGACAAUUCUGUCCUACAUUUUAUCCCAUUCCUACCCACUAGGAAUUUAAGUUUAGUAAAGUGACAAAUAAAUUAGGUCAAUAAAAACGUUCUCAAACAUGUACAAAGAAAAUAAAAUACACAGGUUUUGUAUUUAACAAAUACACUAAAACAACCAUUUAGGGGACAACUGAUGAAACAGACAUUUGAUAAUCACAGACAUGAGCAACAGACCUGAUCAAGGUAGUACCAUUUUAAAAAAUAUAUAUUGCUACUGGGCCAUACACUAGGUAGUAAAGUGGUAAUAGGCCAUACACACUAGGUAGUAAUAUGCCUCACUCCAAAGGCACAUUAUAUGGGCCUAGACCUUGCUGUAAAGUGGCUACUUUAGCCCUCCAAUAGGACGGGGAACACUGAAACCAUAGGGGUGUAUGAUACCACAAAGCAGGCUUACCAAUUUAGCCAGCUUACUUUGAUAAACAUUAAGAUGCAUCUCUUGAUUUGCUAGUUCAUUUAAAAAAAGCUUUAUUUUAAGGGAAAGGGAAUAUAAUAUGGGUUGUUGGUUGUCGAGUCAGUUACUAUGUCUAUGCCCAUAUUUCAUGGCGAUCUAUCUUGAUAUGAAGUCAGAAUAUGAAUCUAAGUUGGCUGGCUAACUCAUCGAUCCUACUCCGUGACAUAUCUCCCACCCUGAAGUACUUAGGUGCGCUCGAGGUUGAGUUCAGUUCAGAUGUCAUUGGACGGCGUGCCCUUGCUCUUGCGUCCUGGAAGAGGGAAGGCAGACUUGCUCUGAGGCUGUGUGAGGCGGCUGGUGAGCAUGGUGAAGGGUUCGAUGAGAGAGUUCCUCUCAGUGACGCUGACCUCCCAUAGCUUGACCUUCUCCCCCCGCGCCCACUGCUGCGCUGCCUCCUGCUCCACCUGACGAAGCUCACGCAGGUCCGUCUUGUUCCCUAGCACGAUCACCAUCACCUGGAGGAAGAGGGGACACUCCAACUAAACUCAACAACAAUAGUAUAAGGUUAUAAUUGUCCCCUGUAGCUCAGUUGGUAGAGCAUGGCGCUUGCAAUGUCAGGGUUGUGGGUUCGUUUCCCACGGGGGGCCAGUAUGAAGAUGUAUGCACUCACUAACUGUAAGUCGCUCUGGAUAAGAGCGUCUGCUAAAUGACUAAAAUGUAAAAUGUAAAUGUAAAAAAUUUUCUGAUUUCUGUUUAUAGGUUGUUUUUUUUAUUCUGGCCACUGUGCUUGCUCUUUGGGGUCUAGGACAGGUUAGAAUAAAAGCACUGUGACAACUGCUGAUGUAAAUAUGGCUUUAUAAAUACAUUUGAUUGAUUAGCUGUCUAUGGCCAAAACAAUAAACGAAACCUGGCUCACUUGACUAAAAUUUAAACAAAACCACACACACUUACCAACCCUUAGGGAGAGUUUCAAUCAAUCACAAUCCCCAUUACCUCUUUCUUGUCUCUGGAUUUGUCUAUCUCCUUCUUCAGGACGUCCACCUUCUUGAAGGACUCCAGGCUGUCCACACUGUAGACCAGCACAAAGCCGUCUGCCACAGAGUAGUAGUGCUUGGGAAGGUCCAGGCCGUCGUGGAGCCCCCUGGUGUCAUAGAG